UGCUCAUCAACUGGACUGCAGUAAACAUGAACAUCAUUUUAGAAUAUAUGCUUCUUCUUUCCAUUGCAAUUUAUUCAUAUCUGGAAUCUUUUGUGAAAUUGUUCCUGCCAGUGAGCAGGAAAUCAGUUGCUGGAGAUAUUGUUUUGAUUACAGGAUCAGGACAUGGCAUAGGACACAGAACAGCUCUUGAAUUUGCCAAGCACCAUAGCAUUCUUGUCUUGUGGGACAUCAAUCAGAAAGGCGUUGAGGAGACAGCAGAUGAAUGCAGGAAACUUGGAGCUACAGCUCAUGCCUUUGUUGUGGAUUGCAGUAACUGUAAUGAUAUUUAUAGAUGUGCUGAAAAGGUCAAGCAGGACAUUGGAGAUGUGGAUAUUCUAAUAAAUAAUGCUGGAGUGGUUUUUGGCACAGAAUUUCUUGAGCUCCAAGACCAUCACAUUGAAAAGACAUUUAGUGUCAACAUACUUGCUCACUUCUGGGUUAGUACUAUGCACAGAAAUACAGGAGUAUCCAACUUUUUUGGAACCUCCAGACGCUGGUAAAAAUUACCUGUUUCCCAAUAUAUGCUGAAAGGACCCCACUUCACCUUCUAUAUCUUAAAACUCUCCCACCUGCUGUUGCUGUCGUUACUCUCCUGUUCAAAGUAAUUACAUACAUGUUAACUCUAGUUUAUCCAGGAG